GAGCGGCUGAGGAGGAGGACAAAUGCCAAGAUCCAGGAAGAAGUGUUGAAGCUGAAGCUGGAGUGGUUGAGGAAGAAGAUGGGCAACGUCAGCUUCAUCGAGCUGAGACCGGCAACAAGAGGAUGUGCGGACGGCUGCGUGAGUGGGUGCGCGCAAGGUCUACGGUGUGUGUAGAUGCGGCCUGAAUGAGGAAUGGAUGUGCACCGAAGCAAAGAAGAGAGGACAACAAACAGGCAAGGUCAUGUAUGAAAUUUGGUUGUUUGAAUGUAAGAGGAUGGGGCAUUGGUAAAUUUCAGGAUAUAUGCAAAGAGUUGAAUGAAUGGAGCCUAGAUGUGGUAGGUAUUACUGAGACUCACCUGCGGGAUGUGGUGCAGAUAGAGGGUAAUGAGUUUGUGAUGUUAGGAAAAGGACGCAAGAAACAGGAGGAGCUAGGAGGAGGCGUAGCCCUGCUCCACAGGAAGGUGAGGAAUCAGAGUGGAAGAGCUGGACAUAGGAGACAGUGCUGAGAGUGAGGACGUGUUAGCUGUUCGAGUGGAGGGUAGGAAUGAGAGUGGCAGAGCUGAGAGGAUAGUUGUAGUGGUAGUGUAUAUGACAGUGGAAGGCGAUAGAGCAGUUAGGGAGAAUAGUAGAAAAUACAGUGUUUUGAAAAAGAUUGCAAGAGAUUAUGCUGGAGAGAGAGUGAUUGUUAUGGGAGACAUGAAUGCUCACGUAGGUAUGUUAGGUGAACAAAUGAAUAGGAAUGGUGAGAUGCUGGAUGAGUUUGUGAAUGAGAUGAACUUGGAGAAUCUGAAUGAGACCCUGGCUGAAGGACGAGUGACUUGGUGUGCGAGGAACCAGGAGUCUGCGAUUGACUACAUGCUAGUGAAUGGGAGAAUGCGUGAAAUUGUUGACAGUAUGUGGAUAGAUGAAGAUGAGAUGAUUGACAUAGUCUCAGACCAUAACAUGCUGGUGCUAGAAUGUAAGUUGAAUGGAAGAGAUGGAACAAAUGCCAAGGUCAAGAAGAAAAAGUGGAGGUUGAGAGAUGCAGGAUGGGAAAAUUUCCAGGUGGACUUGAGCGAGAGAAGAUGGGAGGAUGAGAUCCUGAAUGGUGUGGAUGAACUGAAUGACAGAUUUGUAGAGAAUGUGAAGAACGCAGCAGCCAGUCAGAUAGGGUAUGUAAGAACAAGUGCUAGAAAGCAUAAAAGUAGGCCGUGGUGGAAUGAUGAGAUUAGAGAUGCUAGGAAGAAAAAAAAAGAGACUGAAUAGGGUGUGCAGACAGUUAAGAAAGAGGAGACAUGAGAGUGAGGAGG